AUGAUCAAGUCCGCAAUGGCUUCUGUUCUUCCCGAAGCCUCGGGCUUCUCAACUUCGCUGGAUAAGAUGAACUCUCAAAUCGGCACAUCCGAGAUCUUCGACACUGAGUCUAAUAGCAGCUCUCAAGUCGAGCCAAAAAUGGACGGUCAAACCUCAACUCCUCCCCUGACGGAGAGCUGGAGCGGUGCGGCUUCAGAAGCAGGACAUCAAACCCCUCGGCCCAUCGCCAUCUGUGGAAUGGCUCUCCGUCUUCCCAACGGGAUUCGCGAUACUGACGCGUUCUGGGAAGUUCUCGUGAACCAGAAGGAUCUUCGGGGCCCGGUACCUGAUACUAGAUACAAUGCAUUGGCCUACACGGACAAGCUCGGCAAGCGGGGUGCCAUCAAGACGCAACAUGGAUACUUUCUUGAUGAAAAUCUCGACACCCUUGACACAAGUUUCUUUACCAUGAGCAGGACGGAGCUUGAGCGAUGCGAUCCGCAGCAGCGUCAGCUUCUCGAAGUGACUCGCGAAGUUCUCGAGAGUGCCGGCGAAGUCAACUUCCGCGGAAAGCCCAUUGGAUGUUAUGUUGGAACCUUUGGUGAAGACUGGCUUCAGCUCAGUGCUCGAGAACAGCAACAUGCCGGCGGAUACCUGAUGACUGGCCACGGCGAUCUCAUGUUAGCCAAUCGCCUCUCUUACGAAUAUGACCUCAAAGGUCCUAGUAUGGUGUUGAAGACUGGAUGCUCAGCAUCAUUGAUUGGUCUUCACGAAGCCUGCCGCGCUCUUCAGAGCGGAGAUUGCUCGGGCGCCAUUAUUGCGGGCGCCAAUCUCAUCAUGGGUCCAACAACGACGGCCGCCAUGACCGAGGAGGGUAUGCUCUCGCCAGAGGGCUCUUGCAAAACGUUCGAUGCUGCCGCAGAUGGGUACGCCCGUGGAGAAGCUGUGAACGCCAUAUACAUCAAGCUGCUCGACGACGCCAUUCGUGACAACAAUCCAAUUCGAGCUGUCAUCAGAAACUCCGGCACGAACAGCGACGGCAAAAGUCAAAACUUGUUGACGCCGAAUAGCGCUGCGCACGAGGCCUUGAUGCGUAAAGUCUACGCUGACAUCGGCUUGGAUCCGGGCAAGACAGCUUUCGUCGAGUGCCACGGUACCGGAACGCCAACUGGUGAUCCAUUGGAAACAAAUGCUGUUGGCAACGUCUUCGGAUCGCAUGGCAUCUACAUAGGCUCAGUCAAACCCAACGUUGGCCAUUCUGAGGGCGCGUCAGGCCUUACGAGUCUUAUCAAGGGAGUUCUGGCUCUUGAACACAACACCAUACCACCCAAUAUCAAGUUCUCCAACCCCAAUCCUAAGACCACCAAGGCCUCCUCUACUGAGCCUCCGGUUGUCAUGGUAUUCAGUGGUCAAGGCGCACAAUGGCCUGAGAUGGGCAAAGACCUCUUUCAUGCAGACCAAGCCUUCAGAGAUGACAUUCGAAAGAUGGAUUCCAUCUUGAAGUCGUUGAUCCACCCCCCUAGCUGGACUAUCGAAGACGAAAUGUUGGCGCCCCCCGAGACAAGCCGACUUCAUACUGCCGAGUUGGCUCAACCAUUGUGCACAGCAUUGCAAAUUGCCCUUCUCCAUCGCCUUAGACGAGCCGGAAUCUGCCCGGUGUCUGUUGUCGGUCACUCAAGCGGUGAAAUUGCAGCCGCAUACGCCGCAGGUGUGAUUUCUAUCAAGGAGGCCAUCAUAACAGCUUAUUACCGCGGCUAUAUUACCAAGUCAACUUCACUUGGCGGUGGUAUGGCUGCCGUCGGGUUGGGUGUAGCCGAUGUAACACCCUACAUCCAAGGCACGGCUAGUGUUGUGGUUGCUUGCGACAACAGCCCGAGCAGUGUCACCUUGUCUGGCGAUCUCGACGCUCUGGAUGAAGUUUUGUCUGAGAUCAAGAAAACCAAGCCGGAUACUCUUGCCAGGAAACUCAAGGUGGACAUGGCAUACCACUCGCACCACAUGGGACCCCUUUCGGCUCGCUAUGAAGACCUUCUGAGAAAGGAACUGGCUGCUCACGAAGAUCUUUCGACCGCUCCCUCGACUACCAAUAUCCCUAUGUUCUCCUCCGUUGUGAGAAAACAGAUCAUUUCCAGCAGGGAUGUUGGACCUUCGUACUGGGUCGCUAAUCUCACUUCUCGUGUUCGAUUCACCGACGCCAUUCUCAGAAUUUUGGAGGACCAGCCUCGGUGUCUCUUCCUGGAAGUUGGACCUCACUCUACCCUAGGCGGUCCUCUACGACAGACUUGCUCUGUUUCUGGCACUGAGUAUCGCUACGUGUCGACUCUUUCCCGCGGCUGUGACUCUUUCCGAACUGCCCUUGCCGCGCUUGGCCAGCUUUAUCAGCACGGAAUUGGCAUAGAUUGGUCGGCCGUAGUGCCCUCCGGUCGGGUGUUGACAAAUCUUCCGCGGUAUCCUUGGGACCACAGCAGCGGUUCAUUUUGGUACGAAGCUCGAGUUUCAAGAGAGUCACGGUUUCGCCAGUUUGGACAUCACAAGUUACUUGGCCUGCGUGUUCCGGAAAGUUCUGACGUUGAGCCUCUGUGGCGUAACCAACUCAGCUUGGUGGAUGAGCCCUGGCUCUCUGACCACAAAAUCCGUUCCGAUGUGGUGUUCCCGUUCGCUGGCUACAUCUCCAUGGCUGGAGAGGCGAUUCGUCAGCUGACGGGCGUCCAAGGCGGGUAUCAUUUGCGAGAUGCAACUGUGAAGUCAGCUAUGAUCCUCACAGAGCAGUCAGUGGAGCUUAUUACUUCACUUCGACCCCUCAAGUUGACGAGAACAACCGACUCUGUUUGGUACGAGUUCCGCGUUGUGUCAUAUAACGGUUCAACUUGGCUCAAACACUGCGAGGGUCAGAUCAAGGCCAGUUCCGACACGCCGGCACCGUCUCAGAAGCCAAGCCCAGAACAGAUGAUUCGAAACAUUCCCUCAAGCCGAUGGUACGACUGCAUGGACAGCAUUGGUGUUGUUUACGGACCAGAAUUCCAGGCUCUUUCGGACAUCGUGUCAGCAACCACAGACAACGUAGCUGUGGCCAAGGUGAUCAAUGAGAGUCGUCAUCUUGACGAAGCGUUCCAUCUCCAUCCAGUGGCUAUAGAUGCCUGUCUGCAGCUCCUUUUGGUUGCUAUGGUAAAAGGCAUCGGCCGCAAAUUCGGCCAGCUACGUGUCCCGACCACGAUCAAAGACUUGUUUGUCUCACGUGGUGCUCCUGUCAUGACUGCCGUUGCUCGGGGUGAACAGUCUGACGACCUCUCAGUAGAGGUCACAGCGGGCGACAGUGUUGUACUUCGUCUCAGUGGCCUCGAUUUGACUCCUGUUGACGAUGGCCAUGUGACACAAGAAGAGCCUCACGCAGCUGCUCGUCUUGAGUGGUUGCCCGAUUUCGACCUCAUCAACCACGCGACUCUGUUCACGCCCCCUCGAUCGAUCCCGGAGGAGACGCAGCUUCAGGAGGAAAUGACACUCUUGUGCAUCAUCGAGACAGCGGAUAGGGUCCGAGAUCUGACACCCUGUAACUGGCACUUCGAGAAGUUUCGCAGCUGGCUUGAUUUGGAAAUUGGUCGUGCAAGAAAUGGCACCUACCCACUACUGGAGACGUAUGGCAAAGACUAUCUCGACAUGCCGUCUGAGCAACGACAAGCUAUGAUCGAAGAACGCUACAAGAAACUUCUCACUCUUUCAUCCAAAGGCGCUGUUGCGGUUGGCAUCAAGCGCAUCUACGACAACUGCCAGGCCAUUUUCUCAGGACAAGCAGACACGCUGGACACGUUGAUGCAAGGCGACAUCUUGACUGAGAUCUACAACGCCGUGAGCUUUGGGAAAGGAGAUUUCUUCAAGCUUCUUUCGCACUCGAAACCUAACCUCAGGGUUCUUGAGGUUGGUGCUGGUACCGGCGGCACUACGGAAAUGAUUCUUCGAAACCUCGUUCGUCCAGACGGUCUUCCUGCCUACGGCACCUACACAUUCACCGACGUCUCUGCUGGCUUCUUUCCACAAGCGCAAGACCGUUUCUCAUACGCGCCCAACAUGGAUUACCGAGUCUUUGAUAUCUCGCAAAGCCCUUUUGAGCAAGGAUUCGAGGCCGGUACCUACGACGUUAUUCUCGCUCCCAAUGUCAUCCAUGCGACGCCAUCUCUCCGCGAGACUCUCGGUAAUCUGCACCCUCUGCUUAGAACGGGAGGUCUUCUCGUGCUCACCGAGCUUUGCGCUGUUGUCCGUACACCCAACUACAUCUUUGGCAAUUUCUCGGGUUGGUGGCUUGGAGAGUCUGACGGUCGCCCUAAUGAGCCGUACGUCAGCGUUGACCGGUGGGAUGAUGAACUCAGAAACACUGGCUUUUCUGGUGUUGACACCGCGGUUCGUGACGCUCAAGAGCCAUAUCACUAUUGUGCGGCUAUUGUGAGUACCAAAUUAGACGAGAACAACAACACUGCCAAAGCUGCAUGUGGCUUCCCAGGCGUGUCCGUUCUCGUCGAUGAUCCCGUGGGCGUCCUCUCUGGAACUGUGGUGGCGGAACUCCGAAAGUCAGGUAUUGAGGCAACCGUCUUUCAACUUGGCGACAACGCACUACCCACCGAUCAAGAUAUUAUCUCUUUGCUCGAUGUUGAGGCGUUCUUCUUUGCCGAGAUUGACUCGCAUCGUUGGACAGACUUCCAACAGGUCCUUCAGCGACAUGCGUCCGGAAGCAUCUUGUGGUUGACCAGGCCGGCCCAAAUCAACUGCAAAGAUCCGCGGUCGGCUCAAACAAUUGGCGUGGCGCGUUCCAUCCGUGCCGAGUCGCGCGUACCCUUCCACACACUGGAGAUUGACGCUGCCGAGCCAGAUUUUGCGAGAAUUGUGCGUCAAGUUCUACAGAAGAUGCAGCGCAGUAGUGAUACUGAGCUCCUGGCCCCCGACAGGGAGUACGUGGUGGACAAGGGCGUCGUCAACAUCGGUCGUUACCAGCCAUUCCUUGUCAAAAAGGAAAUGCGCGAGAUCGGACAGAUCUCUGGCGAUGUGGUGGCGCGGCAAAAUUUCAUCAAGAGUCUGCAUACUUCCCAUGUCGGCUCUUUGGAGAAUUUGUCUUGGAUCAGCGAUACUGCCAGCAGCCUCGAGAUCGGUGAUGAUGAAGUGGUUAUUGAGACCCGAGCAGUUGGCCUGAACUUCAAGGAUGUGUUGUACGCUAUGGGAGUUCUCAAGCCUGACAGCAACAGCAUUGUUCCUUUCGGGCUUGAAGUUGCUGGCGAAAUAUCUCGCGUGGGCUCUGCCGUGUCCAACUUGCAAGUCGGCGACAGAGUCUUGGCCAUGCCACCGUCCGCAGCAUUCAAGACCGUCGUCACUACCCCAGCCUCCUUGGUACAAAGAAUACCUCGGACUUUGAGUUUUGAAGAUGCAGCAACGUUACCAAUUUGUUAUACGACUGUGAUUGAAGGUUUGGUCAAUUUGGGUCAGCUCGAGAGUGGCCAGUCCGUCCUGAUUCAUUCAGCCACCGGAGGUAUUGGUCAUGCUUCAAUUCAGAUAUGCCAGAGCAUGGGAGCCGAGAUUUAUGCCACUGUUGGCACCCAAGAGAAGGCAAACUACCUCGUUGACAAGUUCAACAUUCCAAGAGAUCAUAUAUUCCACUCUCGCGAUGAGUCUUUCGCCGCCGAACUCAAGCGUGCAACAAACGGGCGUGGAGUCGACAUCGUGCUGAACUCGCUCUCUGGCGAGCUACUUCAUGCGUCUUGGGACUGCGUCGCUGAGUUCGGCAAGCUAAUCGAGAUCGGAAAAAAAGACAUUGUUGAAGGCGGAAGCCUCAGCAUGCAAAAUUUCCUAAUGAACCGGUCUUACUGCUGCGUUGACAUGACGCACAUGGCCCAGAAGCGCCCUCAGCGGGCUGGAGCCAACGAUGGCAACAGACUAUUGAAGAGAUGCAUCGACAUGUACGAAGCCGGAAGUAUCGGAGCCUUGAGUCCCGUGGCCACAUUCGAAGCUGCCGCGGUUCAGGAGGCUUUCGGCUGGGUCCAAGAUGGAAACCACAUUGGCAAAUCUGUUGUGAGAAUUCCUGAUGACAUCUCAACUAUCCUCAGCUCGCCUCAAGAUACAAAGUUGCAGCUCAAGAGCGACGCAUCGUAUCUGCUGACGGGCGGACUUGGGGGUCUUGGGAAGGUCAUUGCCACCUGGCUUGUCGAACAUGGGGCGAAGUCGUUGGUGUUUCUAUCAAGAAGCGCCGGGCUCAAGCCCGAAGACCAGGCUUUCUCGCGUGAGCUUGAAACUUCGGGGUGUUCCGUCGUCUUUGCACCUGGUCGAGCUGAGGCGAGGGAAGACAUCGAAGGAGCCAUCGCCCUGGCCCCUCAGCCGGUUCGAGGAGUAAUUCAUCUCGCCAUGGUCCUUCGCGAUUCUCCAAUUGCCACGAUGGCACACGAGGACUGGCUUGCAGCCAAUGACCCCAAGGUCAAGGGAGCUUGGAACCUUCACGAGUGUCUCGAAGAUGUUGCUCUAGACUUUUUUGUCAUGGCGAGCUCACUCGUGACUGUGGUGGAACAGCCAGGUCAGGGCAAUUACAGCGCAUCCAACACUUUCCUCGAGGCUUUCACCCAAUAUCGAAGAUCGCUGGGGCUUCCGGCGUCAGUCCUCAACAUCUGCCCUAUUGAUGGCGUCGGCUUUGUCGCGGAGAAUUCUUUCGCUCGCAAAAACAUGAAGGCACAGGGUCUUUACUUCCUCCGCGAAACAGAGCUGCUCGACUUCCUCGAGCUGUCCAUUCAACUAUCGCCUGUUUCGGCCACAGCGUCUUCUCGUUCGACGUCCGAGGUGGCCAGUAACGAAGCCGUCACACACUUUGAAAUUCCCGAAAAGCUUCUCUAUAAGAGCCCAUGGACCAGCAUGUCUCAGAUGGUGAUGGGUCUCAGAUCAGAGGGAGAUCUCAAGAACCCGAACACCCGGACCAACUGGCGACGGGACCGUCGAAUGGGUUUCUACCAUAACAUCAGCGAUUCGGACGCUUCACGAGCCGCGUCAUCCGCACAGAAAGGCUCUAGCGAGCUUGCAAAGUUUCUGGUAGACGCAGUCAAUAACCCAAGUUUGCUGAGCGAAGCUCGCAGUGCAGACUUCUUGGCUCAGGAGAUCUGCAGAAAGGUUUUCAGCCUCAUGCUGAAGGAAGAAGAAACGAUCGAUACGUCGAUGACACUGCAGCAGAUUGGGCUGGACUCUCUGAUGGCGAUCGAGCUGCGACGCUGGUGGAAGCUUGCCUUUGGACUGGAAAUAAGCGUUCUUGAAAUUUUGGCGACUGGAACUCUGAAGGCUUUGGGGAUGCUUGCGGCGGACGGAUUGAAAGCCAAGUUUACGCAGGUUGCGGAGUAA